ACGUAUAUUUAGCUUCUGAAUCUCAAUUAUUCUUUCAUGAUUAUGUUUUAUAAAUUAAUGAUUUAAUGUUUAAAAGUUGUAUAAAAGUUCUGCACAAAUAACCAUAUUUCGAAUCUAGAACGUAAUAAUAAAAUAUUUUCAUUUCUAUAUCUCCAGUUCCGUUAAUAACAAAUAUGUGCUUAUCUUUUAUGUGUUGCUGAGGUCAUAUAUUCCUCAAUUAGUUUGUGCAAAUGCAAGUAUUAAAUGUAGUUGUAACUAUACAUCUAUACUAGUGUGUGUUGCUGAAGUUUUGUAACAACAUAAUUGAAUAUGCUAAAGUUAGGACUGAGAGUGGUUAGGGGUCCUGACUGGUCUUGGCAAGAUGAAGAUGGUGGAGAAGGUUAUACAGGAACUUUAUAUCAUAUAGAUAAUACAGAUAAAACUGUUAUAAUACAGUGGGACAAUGGGAAUCAGACACUAUGUAAAAUUGGACAAAUGGGCACAUAUGAGCUUCGUGUUGUUGACAAUGCCCAAAUUGGUGUAAUUCACCUAGGUGUUACAUGUGACGCAUGCAGUUCUGAUGGUAGAAUUAAUUCUCCAAAUUCUGCAGGAAUUAUAGUGGCACCUCAAUUUGACAUAGACAAUGAUGAAGAUGCUGAACAUUGGGGUAUUAGCUGCGACCAAUGUAAAUCUGGUUACAUUCGUGGAAGAAGGUACAAGUGUUACGAUUGCUAUGAUUAUGACUUAUGUAGACUGUGCUAUCAUGGAAACAAACAUGAACUUAGUCAUACAUUUCUUAGAAUUGAUUCACAAAAUUGUGCAGGAAUUAUUCUUUCACCUCGCUUAAAACGAAGGGGAAAUCACGAACAAGAAAUUGUACACAAAGGUAUUCACUGUGAUGGAUGCAAUUCUCGUAAUAUACAGGGCAUAAGAUACAAGUGUAAUAAUUGUUACGACUAUGAUUUAUGUGAUCUAUGUUACCAUCGAAAUAAGCAUCACUUAAGUCACAGCUUUAAAAAAAUUGAUUCUCCAGAUUGUGUAAUUCUAAUUAAUUUGCCACCUCGUCUAACUUCUAGGAGAAAUUUGAAAGCAGGUUCGGUACACGAAGGUGUUCGGUGUGAUGCAUGUAAUUUGGUUAAUAUACAUGGUUUCAGAUAUAAGUGUAAAAACUGUUAUAACUAUGAUUUAUGUGAUUCAUGUUAUCAUGGAAAUACACAUGACCCUAGUCAUAUUUUUAUUAGAGUUGACUUGCCAAAUAAUUUAGGAGUUUAUUUAGUACCUCUCUUAACUUCAAUGAAGAAUCAUGGAGAAGACACUGUACACAAAGGUAUUAAUUGCGAUGGAUGUAAUUCUCGUAAUAUACAGGGCAUAAGGUACAAGUGUAAUAAUUGUUACGACUAUGAUUUAUGUGAUUUUUGCUAUCGUGGAAAUAAGCAUGAUUUGAGUCAUGUUUUUAAAAGAAUUACUUCACCAAAUGGUCCAAUAAUUGAUUUACCACCUCGUCUAAAUUUCAGAAGUAUAAAAGGAGGUACUAUACACAGUUAUAUUCAAUGUGACGCAUGUAAUUUGCAAAACAUACACGGUAUAAGAUAUAAGUGUAAUAUUUGUCCUAACUAUGAUUUAUGUGAGACGUGUUAUAAUGCAAAUAAGCAUGACAUAAAUCAUUAUUUUAGAAGACUUGAUUGUCGAAAUUCUGUAGGAGUUAAUUUACCACCUCGAUUAACUUCAACAACAAAUGAGAAUGAAGAUAAUAUAAAUGAAAAUAUUUUUUGGGAAGAGAACAUUUCUAGUGAUAUAUGUGGAAUGAGAUACAAAUGUAACAACUGUAACAACUAUGAUUUAUGCUACAUGUGUUAUCAUGGAGACAAACAUGACAUGAGCCAUAGUUUUACAAGAUUGGAGACACCACAUUCACUUGGAAUUAAGCUGCCACCACGUUUAGCUUCUCGAAAAUGUCAAUUGAGAGGUAUCUUUAAAAAUGCAAGGGUUAUUCAAGGCAUUGAUUGGGAUUAUGGUAACCAAAAUGGAGAUCAAGAUCGACCUGGUAUUGUCCUCCGUAUAGAUAGAUUUAACAGUCAUGAUUCUUGGAGGUCAGCGGCUUAUGUAAAGUGGCUAGAGGGAGAAAUACAAUUGUGCCGAUUGGGGUACAAGGGAUAUUGUGACAUACAGUUUGUGGAACCUGCUCCAGACAGCCGUCUUUACUAUCCAGAACAUUUGCCAGUUUUAGGUCAAUCUGAAGAGGAAAUGAUGUUACUUGAAGUAGUAAGAGAACAAGAGGCCAUUCAGGAUGAUGAAUAUAAUGAUAUAGAUGAAUCAGACAAUGAAACUUUAAAUGCAACUAAGGAAAGUUCUAAAUUGGUUGGAAGCACUUCAAGGAAUAAUACAGCCAGUAACUUAGAUCAACCUACUGUUAGUGACGAUCAACUCAAAGUCAAACAAUUAGAAAGCAAAAUAGCGCAAAUGGAAGAAAGUCAGACCUGUGCUGUUUGCUUGGAAAAUAAACGUGAUAUUGUCUUCUUAUGUGGACAUGGCACUUGCUCUAUUUGUGCCGAUGCUCUGGUGUCUUGUCAUUUAUGCCGAAAAACUAUUGAAAAGAAAAUUCGAAUUUAUUAGAAAUCAUUUUCAUCGUUUUUAUCAUACCAAAAAUUCAGUCAGUAAUUUUAAAUAUAGUAACAUUAUUUUAUCCAUAUAGAACUAUACUGCUGCAAAUUAUAAUUUACUCAUAAAUAUACAUCGUAAAGACAUUUAAGUACAUCUCAUAUACUCAGUUUAAUAUAACUAUAAUUUUAAAACCAGUUUUACAUUUACCAAUUUUUGAUGGUAUAAAUUAACUAAUUAAUAGAUAAAAUUCACUAUAUUUAAGGCAAAUGUGAUCAUUCAUAAUAACAGAAGACUACAGAUCAUAAUAAACUUAAAAUUUUUGUCAGACCAACAUAACUAACAACAAAUACUUUUUUUAAAUUAGUUAAAGUUAAUAUAAAAAUAAAUGUCAGAAUUAUACAAUGUAAUCAAUCAAUAAAUUAGAACCAGUUCUAUUUCUAAUUUAUUGAAGCUGGAAGAUUUAUGUAUUAUGUGGUGAUUAAUAUAAUUCAGAUCCAAUUUCUCGAUCAGGGUAUUUUCAAAAACUGGUAAAUUUUGUAAAACAGAUUUUACUGGAUUUAGGUGAUAGAAUAGGCAAAAGUAUUUUGUAUUAAAAGAUAUACUUAUUGCAUAAUAAUUAUUUUUAAUAUAUAUUAGGUAUAGUAUACUUAUACUUAUUGACUUGUUAUAUAAUUUCAGUGUUUCAAAUAUAUUUGCUGAUGAUUUA